AUGGACAUGGAGGCGCUCUUCGCGGAGAUGCGAAAGGCGCAGACCGGCGGGCGCGACUUCGCCGCGGAGGCGGCGGCGAAGCGCGAGAGAGAAGACGCAGACGCGGCGGCGGCGGCGAACGCCUCGGACGCCUCGGACGACUCGGACGACUCCGACGACGCCGACGACGCGAUGCCGCCGCGCGGGAUGUCCAAAGCCGACGAGGCGCGCCUCCUCCGCGUCUCCCAAGCCGGAAGAGCCGCCGUGUCCGCGUCGCGCCGACGCGGUCGCGGUCGCCACGACGACGACGACGACGACGACGACGACGAUCGUCCGUCGCCCGCGCUCGAGGCCGCGCGCCAUCGCGCGGUCGCCGCGCUCGCGUCCAAGUUCGAAGCGUCCUGCGCGCGCGUCCUCGGCGGGAGAUGGUGGUCGCACUACGAGUCGUGGCUCUACGCGCGGAGGGCCGCGGCGGGAGCGCGCGACGGCGGCGGCGGCGGCGGCGACGCCGUCAUCCCAGACCCGGAGCUCGCGAAGAGCGAUCCGGAGCUGCGUCGCAAGCUCGUCGCCGCGGGGCUAAGCGCGUACGACGCCAACGGCGUCGGGAUGGAGCUCGCGCGCGCGGCCGCGAGGGCGAUCGCGCAGGUGGGGAACGAGAGCGCGGGCGCGGGGCAUCGCAAGCCGGUGAAGCUGAGCGUGUUCGACGUCGGCGGCGGCGCGGGCCCGGACGACGAGCGGUACGCGCGCGGCGAACGCGCGGCGACGGCCAAGGCGAAGGCGAAGCUGACGUGCGGGAAGGUCAGCGUCGAGUGCAACGCGGCGCACCUCGAGAAACUCCGCGCGCUGCACAGGGCGUACGCGCGAAGAAGAGGAGGAGGGGGAGGGGGGAGGCGACGCGCUCGCGCUCGCUCCGCCGCCGACGACGAGAGAAUCUUCCGCGAGGAUGCCUUUUCGCUCCUCGCGCGGUACUCGUCUCUCCAGGGCGCGCACUACAAAGCCGGCGCGAUGCAGGCUGCGCUGCCGCCCGCGAUGUUCGACGCCCUGCGCGAGCACUUCGACGUCUCCAUGGAGCUGUGCGCGAGCCCGUUCAACUGUCGAUGGAGGCGGUACUGCGGCGCCGCGUUGGACGUGGACGCCGCGUUCGGCUCGCUCGGCUCGGGCGCGUUCUAUUUCCACACUGUCUUCGAGUUCACGCCGAGCGGAGGCUCGUUCGAGGUGAACCCGCCGUUCGACCCGGGGUUCGUCGAGCGGCUCGUCGCGCACUUGGAGAGCGUGUUGUCGCGCUCGGCGACGAGGACGACGGACGGCGACGACGACGACGACGACGACGACGACGACGACGCGGAGGCGCUGUCGUUUGUCGUCGUCGUGCCGUACUGGCCGGAAAAGCGCGCGUGGUUGCGGCUCGUCAACUCCGAGUUCGCGCGCAAAGUGUUGAAGCUCAGGGCGGGCGCGCACGGGUUCGUCGCGGGGGCGCAGCACCUGCGGCCGGAUAAGGUGGUCCCGUCCGCGGCGGCGACGAGCGUCGUGUUUCUUCAGAACGACGCCGGCGCGAAGCGAUGGCCGGUCACGAGCGAGAAGAUCGACGCGGUCAAGGAGGGGUUCAGAGGCGGGCUGAAGGCGAGAGACGACGGCGGCGGCGACGAUUCGGAAUCCGACGCCGACGACGUCGAGAAGGCGAACCGUCGGGCGGCCGCGCGCGAGGCGCGAACCGACGCCGCCGCGGUCAAGUGGGACCCGGACGCGAGCUUGUUCUACGGCGUCGGCAGCGCGGCGCGGUGGGGCGACGGCGGCGCGGAGUGGGUCGUGAACGCCGCCGGCGACGCCGUGGAGGAUCACUGGGUGGGGGACGACGGGGAGUCCGAGCCGGAGGAGAGCGACGGGGAGGAGGAGGAGGAGGAGGACGGUGGGGAGGUGGACUCGGACGAAGAGGAGGAGGAGGAGUCCGAGGAGGAGGAAUCCGAGGAGGAGGAGGAGUCCGAGGAGGAGGAGUCCGAGGAUUCGGAGGAAGAAGAGGACGGCUCGGAGGAGUCCUCGGAGGAGGAAAUCGCGGACUUUCCGCGAAAGAAGCAACGCACGUGA